CUUCAGUCGCCUCUCAGACGUGACCGCGACCGCUUAUUGCCGAUCCACAAAAAAACGAAACUGCGUCGCGUUCGAGCCUAGUAAACAGCCCACAAGCAGCAACCAACGAACUGGCCAGCGCCCAUCUGCCAACAACCCAACACCCCACUGAAGAGGAUUCCGGAUUCCAUCCUCCACGAAAACCCAGACUCCCCCCCAAAACAACAACAACAACGAUCAAAAGGUGGCUUUUAGUGGCAAUCCCAGUGAUUCGAACCGACCAUCGGCACGUCCAUUCAACUGCUCUCGGAGUCGACAACAACCCACACAAAUCGACGAUUUUGUGCGCAUUGCAAAUAAGCAAAAGCAAAAGCUAAAUCAAAAACUCAAAUACAAAUACAACAAAUACGAAUACGAAUCGUGAUAAAUGUUCGCUUAAAUUGUGCAAACGUUAUUCGAUGUAUUGUUUUCGGCCAAAGACCAUUUCGGUAUCGACUAAUUAAUAUUUGACGUGCAUCCGCAUACUCCGAAAACAAAGCACACACAGGAAACUCCGCGACACCGACGACACCUGGCAAGUGAAACACUUUUGUGUGCCCAUCUAACGAGCUGUUCAUACAUCAUCGCCAUUAUAAUUGGACAGCAGCGAGAAUAAACAACCCCUCCCCCAGCCACAGUACGAACGACCUAGCUGCUGCCACCCCACUACAAAUAAAUAAGUAAUUAGAACUGCAAAAAAAAAAAACACACACAUAUACAUAUAUGCGGAAUGCUGUUUUGAGCUGAAAACCAUUUAAAUUGCCCUGCUUAAAUGGAAAAUGCGAAAAGCAGUUCAAGCAGUUCGAUGAGACUGUCACACAAAGCGUUCACUUAGGGUUUCAAAUUCUUCCCGAUAGAGAAGAUACCCCCCCAAACAGGAGAGAGAAUAACAAAGACAGAACAAAAAGCAGAAACAAAGAGACGGAGACGGAGAAGGAGAAGGAGAGAGAGAGAGAACAAAUACACAACUUGAGAGGAAUCAACUAUAAUCCAUUAAGAUGCAACAACAGCUAUCUGGAGCAGCAGCAACAACAAAUGGUGGACCACGCGUCAGCUUCAACCGGGAUGUGCACGUGAAGCGGAUAGGCAAACAUCCCAGCGAAUACGAGUCCAGCCAAGGGCCGAGCUACCAUCAGCUGCCGCCGGACAUUGAUCCAGCGGACAUCAGGAAGGAGGCAGCUCUGGUCAUCGCCCAGGCGGGCAGGCAUCACAGCAAGGCGGCGGCGAACGGCGACAGGGACAAUAUAUCCAAUUUUAGGAACAAACAGAAGCGCCAGAGUGACGCCCAGCGGUUCCAUUCGCUGCCGACGCGCAAGAAGAAGGGCAAGCCGGUGGCCAGAAGUGCCAGCGACGCCUCCAGCAAGAAGCCAGCGAGCAAACGGCCCUCGAUCUUUGGCCUCUUCAGCCGGAAGAGCGACUCGAAUGUCAGCCAGCUGGAGCGGGAUCCGCGCUUCGAGGACGUCGGCGCCAGGCGUCUAGUGCGCAGCAAAAGUGAUGUGGGUGGUCGGACGCAGCCCGACAGCAGAGUAACCAAGAGGCCAGAGGCAGCAACUGGCAGUGCCACAGCCCCAGGCACAGGCACAGGCGCAGGCACAGGCAGCGCCUCCAAGCAGCAGCUGAGUCCCAUCAUUGAGCAGGCCCAGAGGGAGGAGUUCUUCGAGAAGGAUUACUUCAGGGAGCGCGAGAGACGCAAGUCGGACGCGGUCACACUGCGGGAGAAGGAUGAGUCGGGACUGAGCGAACUGCUGACCCGCAGCCGCUCCCAGGUGGAACCAGACGCCUCCCUGCUGAAAAGGGAGCACCCAGCAGCAGCAGCAGCAGCAGCAGCUGCCCCAACAGGAGGCAACUCCUCCAUAUCGGCGGGCAUACGCGACCGCAUCGAUACCCUGAAGGCCAAGUCCAACGAGAACAUGCACAGCUCCCAGCAGCCGGCCGAGCGGCUGCCCCUCACCAAGGGACGCACCGUGGACGGCCUGGUGAAGCGUCUCUCCAUGGAGCGCUUCUCCCCGCAGCCCUACAUCAGUCAGCCGGGCUUCUCCUACAUUCGGCCCAACGAGGGCAUCACCUACGCCCAGCUGGACCACAGUCCGCUGGACGAGACACGCCAGCGGUCGCCUCUGGGCCGGGACAUGCGCUCCCCGCAGCGGGAGUUCGCACCAGCCAGGCCACCGCGGGCCAACGACAGGCCGCCACAGCACAGUCCCGGACAGGGCAGCUACUCCCCGACCUCCAACGGGGGAGCACCGCUGCCCACUCGAGCGAGCCACUCGCAUUCCCAUUCCCAUUCGCCCUCGCCCUGGCAGCAGCUCAGCCCGCGCAAUCUCAGCGACGAGGACGAGGGCCUGGGCUAUGAGCCGCGCAAGGUCUACUACGAGGAGGAGUACCCGCCCAGGCGGCCCGAGCCGCCCAUUGUGCCCGUGAUACGCAGCGUCAGUCCCGCGCCGUAUCUGGACGAGCUGGGCUACAGGAGGGCCCAGCUGGAGACGCGCAUACUCACCCGUCGCUUCGGGGAGGGAGCCGCCACCCUGGAGCGCCACAACAGAGUGGAGCAGCAGCCAGAGAGGGAGAGGGAACGGGAUAGGGAGAGGGACAGGGAUCGAGGACGUGUCUACCUGAGUCCCGAGAGAGAUGAAGAGCGCUUCCAGCGUCUGGCAGUGCGGCCAACGGAGUUGUCCCACGAGUAUCCACAGCAGCAGGAGCGCUCCCAGGUGGACGGCACUCUGCCCAAGAUGGAGAAGACGUCGCGGUAUCGCCACACAAAGUACUACGACGACGGCCAUGGCGGCGUCAAGGAGACCUAUGUGCGGGAGACGCAAAGGGACGGACAGAUCCGAGAGUCGCGACACCGCGAACGGAUUGGGGAACGCGAACGCGACUACAACUCGGCGGACAGGCUGGAGCACGAACCGAAGAGCCUCGACUCGCAGCUGACGGGCACCGAUCUGUACCGAUCCUCGCCAGAGCUGCGCCCCAACCAGCAGCAGCAGCAGCAGCAGCAGCCGCAGCCGCAGCAGUCGUCGCAUCAGCCGCAGGACUAUUGGCAGAGCAGCCUCAAGCGGGACAAGCUGCAGCAGCGGAGCUUCGACAAGGGCGAUUCGGGCAUUGAGAAUGACUUCCGCAAGGAGUCCUUCAAUGGGGAUCUAACCACAAGGUGGCGCAAACGCACAGCCCUCGACGACAUGCGAGCCUGCGAGUCGUUUCUGCGCAAGGAGCGCCGUGACAGCGCCCAGCAGCGCCAACUGCAACGGCAGGCCAUCAUCCCAGCACGUCUGAGGCGGGAGAACAGCUACGUGUACAGGGAGCGCUCCAUCGACGAUGGCUCCCACUUUGAUCCGCAUCUGGACAAGUAUCCGGUGGCCACCAGCACUCUGCGUCGACGCGAGCAGCACUCCCAGUCCCAGUCCCAAUCCCACUCUCAGUCGCAGUCUCGCGAGGAUUCCAGCACGCUGAAGCGCAACAAGAAGCUGGGGGGCUUCGAGAAGGUCAAGCAGCUGUUCACGGGCGCUGCAAGUGGCAGUCAGGGCGGCAGCGGACGCAGCAGUGGCAGCAACGUUUCCAGUGGCAAGAAGGAGCGCCUCAGCAAUGGCAACAGCAACAGCAGCACCUUGAGUCGCCGCGACAAGGAGAAGCAGAAGGAAAGGGAGAAGGAGAGGGAGAGGGAGCGCUAUAUGGUCAGAGAGGAGGAGAUGCGUUCGCGCUAUCGUGAGCAUCAGGCCCUAGCCGAGGAGAACUCACGCGAACCAAAGACUAUCGAUAUCUCGAUGCGACGCCGACUGUCCACGCCCAAAGCCAGUCCCCUGCUGCUGAAGCGCAGUCCGGCGGACAAGCCGCCCAAGAAACUGCCACAGAAGGCCAAGGAGGCCAAGGAGGCGUCGCCAGUGAAGGUGGAGAAGACGAGCUGGUUCAAGUCACUGGAUCGACGGGCCAAGAGCAGUCCCAAGGAGCUGAAUGUGUCUGUCAAUGGACACAGUGAGAAUAGCUCCAGCCUGAAGCGCAGCAAACGGAAUGCAACGGCGGCACCGGCCAAGAAUCUGCGCUUCUUUGGCGACACCGAUCUGGACUCCAAUCCGCCCACCAUCUCCAAGGCCAGCAGCAUGCCCAGAAGUCGUCCGUCUUUGGGCCAGUCGAAGCACUCGCAGAGUGCCUAUAAUCUGGACAGGAGUCCGCCGCCACCCUCGCGGGACUAUCGGCACACGCUCUCGGGCCAGUCGCAGGGCGGUCUCCCAUCAGCAGUGGGCAGUCGCCAGCGUGCCAGCUCCAUGCAGCAUCUGGACAAUGGCAGCGAUGAGGUGGAUUUCCGCAAGCGGCGGCAUUACUCGCGCUCCCGCGAACUGCACGACAUCUCGGAGAGCGGCUCGGAGCCGGAGCCGGCGGAGCGACACAAGCGCAGCUCCACGCAGCGGGCCAUGUCGCUGGAGAGAUCGGCAGCGGAUGGGCAGCGGAGUCAGCGCUUCGAGGAUCGUCCGCUGACGGGUCCACCGAAGCCCGCACGCAGUGCUGAGCGGCGGGGACUGCUCUCCAGCCUGGGCCAGGAAAAUGUCGGCUACGGCAGGGAUCGCUACCCGGCCGAGAGCUCGGGCACCGAGGGCGAGUCGAGUCUUCACAGCCAGCGGAGCGUCGUCUAUCUGCAUGCCACCACAGUGGGCGACAUCCCACAGCCAUACAACCUGCGCCGUCGCUCCGAGUCGCGCGAGGAUCUGCGCAAGGGUGGCACAGGAACAGGAGCAGGAGCCGCCAAGCAGCAGCAGCAGCCACCACCCCUCCAGCCCAUGACGCGCACCGUUUCCAGAUCCGUCUCGAUGCUGGCCCCCUGGAAGCCCAAGCACAUCAGCGAGGGCUACGAGAUCAACUAUUCGCAGGAGCAGAACAAGCGGAUGUCCACACUGCCACGUAAACCGCCGCCGCACAAUGGAGCCACCAGUGCCAGCACCUUGAGUCGCCUGGGCCGCAAGAAUGAGACGUCGACGCCGUCGCGUCGCUACCACAUGGACAGCCUCGAUCGCCCGCCUCCGCCACGGUCCGUGCUCUCUGCAUCGAAUUUACGGAGCGCCAAGACAAAGUGAGCGCCGAACUGCUCCACUGCCUCCGGUGCUCUGUCCCGCUCCACCCUGUCCCUGUCCCUGCCCCGAGCUAACCACGCCCAUCGUAAUCCUUAAUUCGAAUCCGACGUAGACGUAUUUCUAAUCACUUGCAGCAUCCGUGGCAUCCCAGAGAUGGGAGAAGGAGAUGAUGAUGAUCAUGAUGAUGAUGUGUGAGGGGCUAUUGGAGAUGAGAUGAUGGGGAGCCGUUUGCCGUUUGCUUAGUCUGUAAGAAUUCUUUAACCCUUGUUGCAAUUCUCGUCAUAUUUUUUAAAUGUGAAAUGUAAAAUGUAAUCGUAUUCAUAUUCGUAUUCGUAUUCCAGUAAUAAUUAUACAUUA